UGGCCUCCUGUUCAGGUGUAGUCAGUUCGCACGUUAGCUAAAAGCGUCAACCAAACGGCGAUGUUUUUCAAGCCGAAACCAGUAGUACGGUUAUUUUUAUCAUUGGCAACUGUUUACUUUUACAAUUUUCAAUUUUGUAGUCCAGUAAGUUUAGGGCGGAGUGCGAAUGAUUCAGUUACCCACGAAAUUCACGAGUCGGCUUCAACCGUGUGGAAAAGGACUGAACAAGACACACAUAAGCAGCAAAGUCAGUCAAAUUCGGUUCAACAGGUUACUAGAGGUACCUAUCUGUACAAGAAACUUCCCUCCCAGCUUCAAGCUGUCUCCACUUCUUCUCCUGAAGAGCCACUCCGAAGAAGUAGUGCAGUGAACCUUGAUAAAAGUGGUGACAACUUCACGCUGAACAGCUCAUCUUGGAUUGUUGGUAAUGUCCGAGCGGAACCCAGGGAACAAGCUCCAGACUCAGACGAUGGAUAUCAAGGAGAUUUUACAGGUUUCCCUGAAGUUAAAGGGAAGGUUUUGGGCCUAUCUGCUGACUCCAGUCCGCAUUUCUUUGAGUGGGAGGCUAUGAAACCUUUGGUGGAGUGUGAUGCAAAAGUCAUGAUCUUCACUGCUUCUGGUCAAGGAUUCACACAUCUGCAAGUGGACAGAAAUGGAGCCUCUCCCAUCUCUGUUUUCCAGUUACCUUCAUACUGUGGUUACACAGUGAAGGCAUCAUGGAGUGAACUGGAGAUAAUGGUGCCAUAUGAUGGAUGCUACAUCAUCCAGGAGAAUGACAGUUAUGUGCUUCCUAUGCAGUGGUUGGGCAGCCCACUUAAGCUGUCCUGCCCGACAUCUGUGGCUUCCCCCGCGUUGUCCCCAUCGUUCCUUUCAGUCUCCUGCUCGCACUACGGCAUGGCUGUGAAAAUACGAGGCGAUGAGAAGGAUCUACCUGUGCUGGGAGUCCUUGUUAAUGAAGCUUGGAGUCCGUUUGUUUCUGAACUGUGUGGACUCCAGAUCGACUCCCAACCUCAGGAGUUUACCUUCUUUGUGUCCUACAGUGCCCCUUGUGUUACUGUGAAUGAUGGUCUUCACCUCCACCUUAUAUUAGAUGAUCAAGAAUAUGUUUUGUCCUGCCCAGUCAUUCCUCAGCUUCUCUAUGCCCACUCGCCACCUCAGUCUCCUCUGUCUCCUGGUGAACCUCAGUUCUUCGUCCCAGAUCCUGCCAUUCGUGUGCCAGUUUCUCCUACUUCUCAAACUUCAAACCAGGAGACGACUGCACAACUAUCAAACUACCAUCCCUACCCCUUCCCCGGCCUCCUUUACCACCAGCUGCCCCAGGUUGACCGUCCUGCUCCACAGUCCUCCCAUCCACCUCAGCCUACCCAUGGCAGCUCUGAGUCCCAGCAGCAGCGUUAUUAUCCUUCAGAACCUGCCAGCUUAUCAAACUUGCAGUACCCCCCUCAUUACCAUUUUUUGGUGUGGGGUCAUUCUGCUCAUGAAGUUUCUAAGUUGCCUGGUGGCUCUUCUCAACUACCAGCUGUGUGGUAUCACCCCCAUUUACCAUACUUCUACAUGGCAUCGAGCCAGACGACAAAAGAAAACCCUGCUCCCAGUGUAGUAUCCACAACCCAGUCAUCCGCUACUCCUCCUCUUCCCUCUUCACAGAAACAACCAGUGGGUUCACAGCAUCAAACUAAUCCACUUUAUCUACAAGUUCCUUACAAUCCCCAUCUGCCAGUUUCCAACCCUGCUUCACAUCCUUCUUCUCCACCCAGUAGCCCUACAGCCAGCACCAGUGGCAGCUCAAGCCAAUUCUAUUUCCAAAGUCCCUUUCACUUCCCACUGCCUACAGAUCCUCCAUCUGCCAGGGAGAAACCUCAAAAACCUGCGACCCCACAAGGCAUGUGUCAGCCUUCCAGUGACUCCACCUGUAGUGACAACACUUACCCCAGUUAUCCUAAUUAUCCCGUUUUCUACCCACCUCACCACCAGCAACUCUAUCCACACUGGCCCUACUAUCCAAAUGUUCAACCUUCAUCAAAAAUUCCCUCUACCAGCACAAACCCACCAUGGCUUACUCCACAGACUCCUCAUCUACAGUGUCUGGAGGGGAGGAUGGCCGUCUUCCUGCCUUUUGCAGACCCAGAAUCCAUUCAGGUCAGAGACCUCCAGAAAAAAUGGGUGUUCCUCUCCAGUGUGUCUCCAAUCUGUAAAUACAUGGUACAGAGGACAAUGGGCCAUGGGGUCAUCCUCCACUCACCUCUGCCUGCCUGCCACAGCGAGUUACAACCUCCCACGACUGUUUCCUUUCCCAUUCAAUAUUGGGACUUCUCUGUGUGGCAGAACAGGACUUGGGACCUGCAAUGCCCAUACCAAAGUAUUGCUAAAACUCCAGCACCAGCUACCCCGCCCCCAUCGAGCACCACCAAGGACAAGACCAGUCCGUCUUUGACUGAGGUCUUUUGCUCCUUCCAGCAGAUGACUGUAAUGCUUCCCCAUGGUCCCAUUUCAGAAAUGGCUGUUAAAGACAUCAAGGGGAACCAGAUGAAUCUACUUGAAGCCCCAAAAGACUGUGGGUAUUAUGCAAAUGAAGGCAAAGAUGGCAGAAUUCAUUUGAUUCUCCAGUUACAUCCACACUGUCAUAUGAGCGUGCAGGGUGACAACUACAUCAUCACUGUCAUCUACAUGACAGAAAGUGGAAGAAAGGAGGCUCAGUUUUCCUGUCCAGUUGUGGCCCCGAGGUCUGGGCAUGAGUGCAACCUUCAUAGCGAAUACCGCCUCCCCUGUGGAUCCAGCUCUAUAACCCAGACAGAGUGCCUCUCCAUGGGCUGCUGCUUCAACAAGCACCCUCCCGCCUGCUACUACCCAAUGGAUGAGUGCACUAUUGACCGCCGCAUGAUCUUCUCAGUGCCCGCCUCCCUCACAGAACCCCCUCUUUCCCCUGCUCUGCUUGUUGCUGCCAACAACUCGACCUGCAAACCACAGAGAACAACGUCUGAGUAUGCCUUGUUCAAUAUCCCAAUGGAUGGCUGCGGUACACGCAGAGUGGUGGUAGGGAAGACCGUUGUCUACAUGGUGGAGAUAAUCAACAUGAUACAAGCAGUCAGCCUCAACUAUGGCACCAUCACGAGGGAUUCACCUGUCAGGUUGCUGGUGGAGUGCAGGUAUGUACCAGGAACAACGAUGUCUGUGAGCUAUGUGGUUAAAACCCCCACCUUGGGUCCAGAAAUUCAUACUCAAGGGGUCUUUGGAGUCCAGCUCAGGAUUGCCAAAGAUGCUGACUACAGCAGCUACUACCCACAGUAUCACCAGCCUCUGCACAUGUUGGUGGGGAAACCUCUCCAUCUAGAAGUGCAGCUCCUGAACUCCCCAGAUCCCAGUUUGGUGCUGCUGGUGCACUUCUGCGUGGCCUACCCCCGCUCUGGGAAGGCUGUGUGGGUGCUGCUUUACAAUGGGUGCCCCAACCCCUUGGAUCCAGCACCCCCAAAGACAGUGCUGUCUCACUCGGAGCCAUCUUCGCCUCAGAGUCAGACCCGUCGCUUCACCAUCAGCACCUUCCAGUUCCUGCCCGAUGAUGAGUUCCAGGACAUGGAUGAGGAGAUCUACUUCAUGUGUUCAACUGAGAUCUGCUCACCGCAAGAUGGGCCAUGUGUUGAAGGAUGCUUUGGCCACUGACGGUGAGGAAACUGUCAUCUGCCAGACCAUCCAUACCACCCCUCAUCAACUCUGUUGAGACAAGGAGGAUCCUGGAGUUAGUCAAGAUGAUGAUGAUGAUUUGAUUUGCCCUAAUUUACCCUCCCAAUAAAAGCUCUUAAAUUAAA